UUAACAUUGAGUUUCGGUAUGUGCGUAAUUUGUGAUCAUGCGUACUUGCUUCUUCAGUGACAGUAAAAUAGGAAACAGACGAAACUGAAAUAAUCGUAGUUUUUGUUAUGUUGCUAAUUUCUGCGGAUUUAAUAAGUUGAAAAAUAAAUAUAUUUUUUAUAAUUUGUGUAUCACUACGACGUUUAAUGAUGUGGAAUAAUCUUCUCAUCUUUUUAUUAAGAAGGGCACUGAUGGAUUAUUCAAUAUUAUGAACAGUUUUAUGAUUUCAUGUAGAUAGUUGUUUAAAAUAUUCUUCAUGGAGAAAGUUGGAGAAUAUGAGUAUCAUGCCAAGGAUUUAAUUGGUAAUGGUGCUUUUGCCGUUGUUUACAAAGGGAGACAUCAAAAGAAUCACAAUCUCGCAGUGGCUAUAAAGCGUAUACCUAAAGGAAAACUCGGCAAGUCACAGCCACUGCUCGGCAAGGAAAUCAAAAUACUCCAAGAACUGACGAAAUUGAAACACAAAAAUAUUGUGGCGCUUUUGGAAUGUGUCGACUCUCCUAAGUUUUUGUCUAUUACAAUAGAAUAUUGUAAUGGAGGUGAUUUGGCUGAGUACCUAAAUAUUAAGGGUAGUCUUAGUGAAGAUACUAUUAGACUAUUCCUGAGACAAAUAGCUGAAGCUAUGGUUCUCUUGAAAGAAAUGGAAGUGGUUCAUAGAGAUCUCAAACCCCAAAAUAUUCUUCUGUGCCACUCUGGAAAGCCUAAUCCACCCCCUGAAGAAAUCACCCUAAAAAUAGCUGAUUUUGGAUUCGCUAGAUUUCUUAACGAAGGAGUCAUGGCAGCUACUCUAUGUGGAUCCCCAAUGUACAUGGCUCCUGAAGUAAUAAUGUCAUUAAAAUAUGAUGCCAAAGCAGAUUUAUGGAGCAUUGGAACUGUUGUAUAUCAAUGCCUCACUGGGAAAGCCCCCUUUAUGGUAACUAGCUUGUAUAAGUAUUUAUGUAGGUUUACCAUGGCUCCUAAUCCUCAACAACUAAAACACUAUUAUGAGAAAAAUGCUAACUUAGCUCCAAGCAUACCAAAUGGAACAUCACCUGAAUUAACAGACUUACUGUUGCAUUUAAUGAAAAGAGAUGCCAAAGACAGAAUGGAUGUUGAGGAGUUGUACAACCAUCCAUUUCUGAAAGCACUUCCUCGCAGUAGUUCUCCAGUACCUGUUCCUAUAAGGCGAUCAGUGUCUCCUUGUACCCCUACUUCUCCUUAUAGUUCUUCUGCUACUCACAGCUGGGAAAGGGAGGUGGGUGGUGAAGAUAUGGCCCAGAGUAACUCCUCCCUCUCACCCUCACUCAAUAACUCAGAAGAACAGAGAUAUUCCCCACCCAUGGCCAUUGAACAGGAUUUUGUUGUUGUACCUUCAAAUAUUCCUGAUGAAUCAAAAUUAGGUGAAAAUAAAAAUAGCCAUCUCAAACACCAACUUAGUGAUCCAAAUGUUUCACCUUCAAAAAUUCCUGUCACCAACAAAGCAUUCAAGAAAGCUAUGCACGGAACUAAUAUCAAUCUGGCAGCUAAAGCCGUUAAGUAUCAAAUGAUGCAGGUAUCAUCGGAGAGUGAUGCUGCUCAAGCAUCCUCCAAUAUGCAGAUCUCAGAGAAUAUUGGGGACAGCCAUUUAGCGGAUGCUGUUCCUGUUCCGACUCAGAAGAAUGCAUACAAAGAGAGCCUCCGGAACACAGCAGGAUCCUCCCCACUCGAUGGAUAUGAAUUUUCAAAGACAAUGCUUUCUCCUGGGACAUCUCCUACUUUGAAGGAUUCUGUCCCUCUUUACACUGAAAGGAAUAGAAAAGACUCAACUAACUCUUCUGGAAGUGAUCCUUUCCGAAUAACAGACUUAAGCUCAAUGACUCCACCUUCAGUUCAAUUUACGAUUGGGACGCCCCCAACUGGAGGUAGACUUCGAAGCUUUAGCGGCAGCACCCCUCCUCCCGCUGGUUCAGGCAGGCAAACGCCCACAAGUUGGCGUCAUCAAGCUGCAGCGCCACAGAAUUAUUCAACAUCACCUCUUCGAAGAUCUGGGUCAACACCUCCUACCAAUUAUUGCAACCCCUACCCAACUUCUGUUUCACCAGUUAGCUGCAGGGACAUGAGGAGAUGCGAAAAUCGCAGAAUUGAGCAUUCUGCUAACCGAUGUUUAGAUUUCAGGAAUAUAUCAGGAGUGGGCAGAGCCAUGACUCUUCCUGAAUUCAGUACAAGAGAUGUUUGGCCAAGUGGAAGAAUACCUGAAGCUGAAGGCUUAAAUUUCAUCCAGAGGUCGGGUAGUUCAGGCAGACUAAGUGAUACUAAUCUUCUUAUGGGUCAUUUUGCCUUAAGUGGUAAUGGAGCUUCUCCUAGCCCUCCACUUCCAUCUUUGCUGGCAUUUAAUGUUCAGCAGCAGAAAUAUACUCCCAGCUGCCAACACCAUUGUUGUUGUGGAGGCCAGAGCUCCCCCGGAAGAAUUCGACGCAAUUCCUACACAGGCGCGUACAGUGAUUCGUCUCCUACGUGCCACUACUUUCCCCACAGUGUUUCUCCUUCAAGCUUGGAAGGCCUCUUCAUACCAGAACUACCUGAAGAGACUCUGCUUGAGAAAGAACACAAUGACACUUUGGCCAAACUUAAUUUUGUAUCAGCAUUAGUAAAGUGCAUAUUAGAAUUAGCCAAAACUAGAAGCUCACCUUUAUCUUCUGCUUUAUCCAGUUCAAUUGCAAGAACAGAUCAGGAUACGGAUCAAGCGAUGAGCGAAGGAUGUAGAAAGGCUGUUCAGCUGUUGCUGUACAUGAAAGCUUUGCAAUUAAUUUCUUCAGCUUUUCAACUCUCACAGCAAGAAGUGAAAAGUGGAAAAUUACAGCCUUCUACCUCAGUACGAAAUGUUUUGCAUUUGAUGAAAGAAAAUUACCAUUUCUGCUUGAGUAUGUGCAAGAGUUUAAAUACUCCUGGCCUCUUGCAAUCUGUGGGUGUUGAUCCAGCUGCCUCUAGCAUCACGGCAGACCAAAUACUUUACAAGUAUGCUAUUCAAAUGUGUCAAUCUGCUGCCUUGGAAGAGCUUUUUGGAGAGCCUAAAGAGAGCUUCCAUCGCUAUCAGACGGCACAAAUUUUACUUCACAGUUUAGGACAACAAGUUAAUGAUCUCAGUGAUAAAGAACUUCUACAUAAAUAUCGAGAUGCUGUGCAGAAAAGACUGGAAAUACUCACCAACAACCGAUCUGUAUAUGCAUACCAUGCAACAUGAAAAAAAUUAAUUCUUCUGGAUUUCUAACUUUAUUUUUUUUUUGUUGUGAAGAUUCCAAUAUUUUGUGGAAAACAAACUGUGAGAGAUGUUUCCUUUAACCAGCUAAUUUAUUUCAUUUCAAAAGUGAACUCUAUAAUGAAUUUUGAAACAACAUAGUACUUAGAACGUAUAUUUAGAAGAAAUGUAUCCUCUAUUAUGUAAGUUUUUGAGCCGGGUACUCAAAUACCCAACUUAGCGAUAACUAUCUAAAUUUUUAGUUUAAAUCCAUUUUCCUCGCUGAGUGAGCCUUUAGUGAACUAAUUUAUUAAAUGGGAAUUAUUUUUUAGAUAGCAGCUUCUAUCUAUUUUUAGAUAUCCAUAUAUGGCUUGUUUAAAUUAUCAAAGAAUUUGCCUUCAAAAGUUUUUAAUCGUGACUUUUUAUGUAAUGUUGCCAACCACCGUGGAAUUUUUUGUAACUGCUGACUGAUGCAGCCUAUUUAGACAAAUUAUAUUUCUUUUCCUGAAUUGAUCCAAUAGAAAAACUAAUUUUAUAAUUAGAAAAAUUAAUUUCUAAAUAGGAUCUUAUAUUUAGUUUGGUGUAUCAUAUUCAUGCUCAAAUUGUAUGUCGACAAACCACAUUUGAAGAUUUCUGAAAAAUAAAAAAUUUUACUUUUAAGUAAAUGAAGAAUUACUGUUCAUAUUUUAAAAUCUCCAUUGCUGUUUUCAAACCAAACAUGAUUAAGCAUCUGGUUACUAUUAACACCUUCAGGAGUCUUUCCUUCACGGGCGACGGCUUCGAGCCUGUCUGGCUCUAGCGACCCAAGAUCAUAUGAACGGUACUUUGGUAUUAGUAUCCUAGGGAACCUCUCUACUUCGGCCAGUCCUGAAGGAGUUAAUCAUGGAGUUGCAAACUUAUUUUAAGUAUGCUAAAUGAUCUGCAGUAAUCUUUUAUCCAUGUUUCUAGCAAUUUUUUUCACUUUAAGCAUUUUGUUAGUAUUGUACUCUUUAAAAAAGAUAAUCCAAUUUCUUUAAGAAUUUAAUGACUCAAGAUUUAUUUUUUCAAUUGAUGCAGAGGUUGUUAAAAUGCUGUUUUUUUGUAAUUGCAUGUACAUAUUAUCCAAAUAAAAACUUAGAUAUAAUAGCUUUAA